AUCAUCGUUGUCUCUCUUCUGCUGCUGCUGCUUCUCUCUCUCUCUCCUCCAUCGGUCUCAAGAGUAAAGAGACGGUUAUAAUUCAAAAGGGAGUAAACUAAUAUUAACCAGCAGAAGUAUCAGAAACGAAUAGAGAAUGAAUGGGCUUACACCUCUUGAACCAGAUUACUCUGAGUUUGUUGAAGUUGAUCCCACUGGAAGAUAUGGAAGGUACAAUGAAAUCCUUGGCAAAGGAGCAUCAAAAACAGUUUACAGAGCCUUUGAUGAGUAUGAAGGGAUUGAAGUCGCUUGGAACCAGGUCAAGCUUUAUGAUUUCAUGCAGAGCCCUGAAGAUCUGGAGAGACUUUACUGUGAAAUCCAUCUCCUCAAGACAUUGAAGCAUAAGAACAUCAUGAAGUUCUAUACUUCUUGGGUUGAUACUGCAAACAGGAAAAUUAAUUUUGUAACCGAGAUGUUUACUUCUGGGACUCUGAGGCAGUACCGGGAGAAGCACAAGAGGGUUAACAUUAGAGCGGUGAAGCAUUGGUGCAGACAGAUCUUGAGAGGUCUUCUCUAUCUCCACAGCCAUGACCCUCCAGUGAUUCACAGAGAUCUCAAAUGCGACAACAUCUUCGUCAAUGGGAACCAAGGGGAGGUUAAGAUUGGCGAUCUCGGCCUCGCUGCAAUCCUCCGUAAAUCACACGCUGCCCACUGCGUUGGCACACCAGAGUUCAUGGCUCCAGAAGUAUAUGAAGAAGAGUAUAAUGAACUAGUUGACAUUUAUUCCUUUGGAAUGUGCAUCUUGGAAAUGGUCACUUUUGAAUAUCCAUACAGUGAAUGCACCCAUCCUGCUCAGAUCUACAAGAAAGUUGUAUCUGGGAAAAAACCAGAUGCUCUAUACAAAGUGAGGGAUCCUGAAGUGAGGCAAUUUGUGGAGAAGUGUCUGGCCACUGCAUCUCGAAGGCUCUCAGCAAGGGAGCUUUUGAAGGAUCCUUUUCUUCAAAUCCAUGAUUUUGGUUUAGAUUUGAGACCAAUAGACUUGAGGCCAGAACUCGAUGAUGUGGGCCCUCUCCUAAGGCAGCCUCUCUUCGAGCUUCAUCACAGUAACAAUUCAUUGAUUGAUGGGUACUCCAGUGACCUUGGUCAUGAACUUGAGAAUGGAUGGGGUUACCAUCCGGCAGAGAUUGAACUUUUCACUUACCAAGAGGAUGACCAUUCUGAUGAUGUAGACAUAUCGAUCAAGGGGAGGAUGAGAGAAGGUGGUGGGAUCUUUUUGAGGCUCAGAAUUGCAGAUAAAGAAGGCCGUAUCCGCAACAUCUACUUCCCUUUCAACAUCGACACAGAUACUGCUUUGACUGUUGCAACAGAAAUGGUUUCUGAGUUGGAUAUCACUGACCAAGACGUGACUAAGAUAGCAGAUAUGAUCGACGGGGAGAUUGCUUCAUUGGUGCCAGAGUGGAAGUUGGGGCCUAGCAUAGAGGAAAUCCCCCACUUUGCAAGUGUAAGCUUUUGUCACAAUUGUGCUUCUAAUGGCUCCUCCACCGGUUCCCUUAUGGACUAUCUCUCCAUGAAUAAUCCACAAGUACUCCAGUGUUCUCUUCAUGGAUGCACUGCAACACAUGGUCGGUUUGAAGAGAUCACAUAUCAAGCUGAGGGGUCAGAGCAUUCUAUAACAGAGGGUGCCCCUAUCUUAUCAAGACAUUCAGAUUGCAUACCAUAUGCCGAUGUUUGGGCUCAGCAUGAAGGCCCUGAAUUAAGUUCUGAGUCUUCUGGGGAGCCUCACUCUGAUGUGGAACAUGAGAAGGUGGAUCAAUCAGUCUGUUCUAAGGAUGAGAGAGUGAUAGGUGUUGACAAUCAAAUGGAAUUCAGUUCAAUAAGCUCCAUGGACCAGUUACCUGGCCAUGAUUCUAUUAUAACUUCAUCAGCUUGUGACUUCUCCGAUGAUUAUUACGAUAAUGAGAUCAGACAAGAAUUGAGAUGGCUCAAAGCAAAGUAUCAGAUGGAAUUGAGAGAGCUCCGAGACCAACAAUUAGGAAUUAAAUCAAAUGCUUCAUCUCCGAGGUCCGAGAGUAGGUACAUAGCCCCAUUACAAGGGGAAAACAGUGAAGUCAAAUUGAAAUCUUUGGCCUCAGAGAAGCAUUUAAAUUCAUGUUUCCCUCUUCAUGUCCAGAAGAGCUGCCCCUAUUCUGAGACCCAAAGGGCUCGACAUUGUGAGGCGACUGACAAAUCUUCUAGUCCAGAGUUCAUGGCCACCACCACCAAGAGUUUCUACACUGGAUCUCUGCUCCCACACCCUAUUCACAGAACUACAUCCCUUCCAGUUGAUGCUUUUGAUGUUUAGAUCUGUAAGACCCUCAAAUUCUUUCACCUGUCCAAUUACACACACAUACAAGCUGUAUAUUUAGUAUGCAUUAUACUUCUGUGUAGCCCCUGUAUCUCUUCUUCCCCUGUUGGAGAAAGCCAAGCUGGGAAGGUGAUGGGGUCUCUGUAAUUCUGAUCAAAGAUGUAAUUUUUAACAGCCAAAGUGUGAAUCACUUCAGCCAUUUCCAUUAAGGUAAUGAAGAAAAUUUUCUGUUGAAA